AUGCAGUUUUCCAUAAUUGAAUCACAGACUGAGAAACCAUCUAUCUUAGCCCACACUCUGAAAUCUCUUUCACAUUUCUCUUCAGGUUCACCUAAUACUACUACUCCUUUUAGCUCCGCACGCAUCUCUACCUCCAAAUUCACCUACUCCUUCUCUGUCACUCACGGCCCAUGGUUCCUUCGGCUUCACUUUAAUCCAACAUCCUAUGACAUCUUUGAACACUACAAGCCCCUCUUCUCUGUCAAAGUGGGCAACUUCACCCUUCUCAAGGACUUCAACCCCUCGCUUUGGGUUGUCAACGAUGAUGACACAAUCAUCAGAGAAUUCUGUAUCAGCAAUGAAACAGCAGGUACGAUACUAAACGUAAAUUUCCUUCCUACCACCAAUCACUCCGAUGCCUAUGCAUUUGUCAACGGGAUCGAGGUCGUGUCUAUGCCUCCCUUUCUCUAUUACAGUGAUCCGACUGAGAUAUAUACUCCUAAUUUUAAGCUUGUUGGUUCUGACAACCAAUACCAACUUUAUAGUGACAAAGCUCUGGAGACACGUUACAGAGUCAAGGUUGGUGACAUGCAGGUUCAACGAAACCAAGAUACUGGUAUGUUCCGUUAUUGGGACUCCGAUCGUCCCUACAUUUUGAAGGAAUAUCCACAAAGUGUACAAAGUGACUAUACACAUCAACCAAACUAUAAAAAUGAGGUUGCUCCAAAUUACACUGCACCGGCCAUUGUAUACAUGACAGCUCGAAGCUAUGGGAUGGAUGCAACCGAGGAUUACAAUGUAACUUGGGAGUUUGAAGUAGACCCGGAGUUUGUUUACAUGGUGAGGUUACAUUUCUGCGAGUUUGACUAUCAUGUUCAUUAUAAAGGCGACAGAGUUUUCCAGAUUUUUAUUGAUGAUAACUUGGUUGAGGAGCUCGCGGAUGUGAUAAACUGGAGUGGUGGUAACCUAAUUCCUGUUUACAGGGAUUAUGCUGUGAUUAUGUUAGGCUCUAAAAAUUCCAAUCUUUCAAUCAAGCUCCAACGACUGCCAAAGGGAGUUAUCACUAGAUACCGUGAUGUCUUAUUAAAUGGUAUCGAGAUUCUCAAAAUAAGUGACGACAAUGACAAUCUUGCUGAACCCAAUCCCGAUCCGCGUCUAUCUCCCCACCAACAACAAAUAUUGCAAACUCAAACAUCCAAACACAAAAGCCCCAUCAUCGUGAUCAUAACAGUUGCCGCAGUUUCAGGCCUCGUGCUAUCAUCUAUUAUUGGCGUCAUAGUUUUUCAGCGAAGGAGAAGAAGAAGAGCCCAUGACACGAAAGAAAACCCACGGAAGACGAAGACUGAAGGGUCAUCUCUGCCAUCCCAUUUGUGCCGAUACUUCACCAUCGCAGAGAUCAGAGCAGCCACAAACAACUUGGACGAUGCUUCCAUCGUCGGGGUUGGAGGGUUCGGCAACGUGUACAAGGGUCACAUCGAUAGGGACACACCCGUCGCUAUCAAACGCCUCAAACCGGGUUCUGACCAAGGUGACCCCGAGUUCAAGAACGAGAUCGUGAUGCUCUCCCAGCUUCGUCAUCCUCACUUGGUGCCCCUAUUUGGAUACUGCAAUGACGGCGCUGAGAUGAUCGUCGUCUAUGAUUUCAUGCACCGUGGCUCUUUCCGCGAUUAUCUCUACGGUUCUGAUAACCCUCCACUUUCGUGGAAGCAGAGACUUCAAAUCUUAUUGGGUGCUUCAAGAGGGCUGCAUUAUCUUCAUGCGGGUGCGAAGCAGAGUAUCAUUCACCGUGACGUGAAGAGCACAAACAUCUUGUUGGAUGAAAAUUGGGAGGCUAAGGUUUCUGACUUGGGGUUAUCCAAAGUGGGACCCAAUGGGGUGUCGAGGACACACGUCACCACCACGGUGAAGGGGAGCGUCGGGUAUUUGGACCCACAAUACUACAAGAGUCAAAGGUUGACUCUUAAGUCUGACGUGUACUCAUUCGGUGUGGUACUUCUUGAAGUACUGUGUGCGAGGCCACCUUUAGAUCAUUCGUUGGACAAUGAGAAGGUUUGUUUGGUUGAUUGGGUACAGAGAUGUUAUGAUGAAGCAGAGAUUCAUCUCACGGUGGAUCCAUUUCUAAAGGAUUCUAUUACAGCUGAAUGUUUGAAAUGUUAUAGCGACAUGGCUUUGAGUUGUUUGCUUGAUGAUCCGAAACAACGGCCCUCAAUGACCGAUGUAAUUGAGGCCCUAGAGCUUGCAAUUCACUUGGCAGAGGAUCAGCAUCAUCAAAAUAUCUCAAUUAGUUUUUAG